AUGAAGACAAAUAAAAAAAAACUACGAAAACCUUUAGAUAAAGAUUCACAGGAAGCGUUAAAAAAUAUAGAAAUAAAUACUAAAGAUCUCUUUGACGAACAAAUGUCAAAAUUACCUAAAUUAGAAAAAAGUGAAGCACUUAUACAGACACAUACGGCAUAUCCACAAUGGAAUAAGGGUAACUUUGAAAUAGUUCAAUGGAAAUAUCCCAAUACAUCACAAGAACAACUUCGAUAUGAAACAUUUAAAGACCUUUGGGAACGAGGAUACUACAUAACAACUGGAGAAAAAUUUGGUGGUGACUUUCUAUUAUAUCCAGGUGAUCCUAUUAUGUUCCAUUCUCAAUUUAUAAUACAGUGCAAAAACAGAAGCGAGGAAAUACCAAUUACAGAACUUGUUGGRCAAURUCGUACAGCAAGUCAUGUUAGAAAAGUACAAGUUUUUGCUACCUUCUCCGAAGAUGGAAAAAGUGUAAAAUAUCAAUCAUUUAAGUGGGCUGAAAAUAAUAGAUUUGAAAGCAGAUAG